AUGGGCGCCACGGUGGUAACCAAGUCUUCGCCGGUGCUCGUUGUCGGCCCACCCGGUGGGGACGACGCCAUCGUCCACCUCACCUCCUCCUUCGACAGGUCCGCCGUCCCUCUUGGUGUCACCGUGCUGCUCCUCUUCGACCGGUCGAUCCCCGAGCCGGCGGAGAUCAUCAGGGCGGCGCUCUCGGAGGCGCUCGCCCACUACUGCCCCGUCGCCGGCCGCCUCGCAGCCGAGGGCGAGCUCCUGCGCAUCGAGGGCGCAGCAGGCGUGUUGUUCGUCGCCGCGUCGGCGGGCUACGCGCUGGCGGACGUCGCGGUGCCGCUGCUCGGCGGCCUCGUCGCGCGGUACCCCGGCGGGAUCUGCCGCCGCGCCGACCCGCUGCUGCUUGUGCAGGUCACCGAGUUCGCCUGCGGGGGGUUCGCCGUCGCGGCGACGUGGAACCACGUGCUGGCCGACGGAGAGGGCAUGGCGCAGCUCCUGGGUGCCGUCGGCGAGCUCGCGCGUGGGGCGUCGCCGGCGCCGUCCGUCCGGCCGCUCCGCGCCGACGAUGGCUCGCUCCCGCGCCUCCCGCAUUCGAUGAUCGCCGCGCAGAAGCGGGCGCUCAGCUGCGUGUUCAACCGGGACUUGGCGCUCCUCGGCGUCACCGUCCCCGCCGGCCUGAUCGGCAGCGUCAGAGCCGAGUUCGACGCCGCCGGGCUCGGCGACCCGUGCACGGUGUUCGAGGCCGUCGCAGCAGUGCUGUGGCAGUGCCGGACCCGCGCGGCCAUCGUCUCCGGCUCCGACGAUGCCCCCGUGGCGCUGUCCUUCUCGGCCAACGUGCGCCGGCUCGUCGGCGCCAGGCCCGGGUACUACGGCAACUGCAUGGUGGUGCAGUCGAUGACGGCGACGCGCGGCGCGGUGGCGCACGGCACCGCCGCGGACGUGGCGAGGAUGAUCCGGCGCGCGAAGGAGAGGGUACCCGACCUGCUGCUCGCUCCCGGCGCCGGCGGAGCGGGUACUGCAGCGGAGCACGGGGUGGCGCCGCUGUACAACACGCUGGUGGUGUCGAGCUGGAGGAACCUGGGGUUGGAGGCGGUGGACUUCGGCGGCGGGAGGCCGGCGCGGGUGACGUGGCAAGUGGAGGAGACGGUGGUGCCGUGCUGCGUCGUGUGCCCGCCGGACAAGGACGGGGUCGGCGUCAUGUCGGCCUGCGUCAGGCCGGAGCAUGCCGACGCCUUCCUAGCAGAGCUCGCCGCAUUAGCAGAUCUGAAGUCGUGCACGUAA